AUGACUGACAACACGAAACUAUUGGCUUUGCUGCAGCGUCCCUUGGAGCCAACGUUCUAUCCGAAGGAUGACGGCAAAACGGUAGUAGAUCUACCGGAGAGCUACCUGACGGACCGUUACAAGCCCAUCGGCGAGUCGCUACAGACGCGCUUUGGAACGGAUGCAGAUACUCGCAUUCCGGUGCGGGAGUUUCCUCCACCAGAUAUUGCCUUUGCUGAAGCGAUCCCACGUCGAGGUGGAUUCUCGCUUUUCAUCCCGAAACAUCGCCAAAUUGCGGGUGAUCUUAUCAACCUCUUCAUGAGCCAGGCGGACGGUGAAAGGUUGAUGAGUGCGGGAUCGUAUGCCAGAGAUCGGUUGAACCCGGUUCUGUUCCAGUACGCGAUGAUGGUAGCUCUCCAGCAUCGUCCGGAUACGAAGAACCUGAACAUUCCGUCGUUCCUGAAGCUAUUCCCGGACUAUUUUGUCGAUCCUACCACGAUCCCGAAGUUGCGCGAGGAGGGUGCCGUUGUCGUUCAGAAAGAUCGCAUAACGGUGGACAUUCAGAUGAACUUUACGGCUUCCGAUCGGGAGGAAGAACAACGGAUGGCGUACUUCCGCGAGGACAUCGGUGUGAACCUUCACCACUGGCAUUGGCAUCUGGUGUACCCGGGAGAGGGUCCUAACAACGUCGUCAACAAGGAUCGUCGUGGUGAGCUGUUCUACUACAUGCACCAGCAGCUGAUCGCUCGCUACAACGUCGAUCGGUUCUGCAACCAACUGGCCAGAGUGCGCCCAUUAACGAACUUACGGGAGGCCUUGCCUGAGGGGUACUUCCCAAAGAUCGUGCGAAGUUUUACGAACCGGGCCUUUCCUUCUCGACCGCAAAAUACGGUUUUAAGGGAUUUGAAUCGCAUCGAAGACGACGUCGUUCUGUCGAUCAACGACAUUGAACGUUGGGGUAGCCGAAUUGCGGAGAGCAUCGAUGGUGGCUACGUAGUAGCGCCCGGUGGAAAUCGUAUCCCGUUGGACGAACGAACUGGCAUUGAUGUCCUUGGCAACCUGAUGGAACCGUCGGCUCUUUCCGUGAACAGCCAGUACUACGGGAAUUACCAUGGGCACAUGCAUAACCUUAUCGCCUUCAGUCACGAUCCGGAGAAUCGCUUCCUCGAGGGAUACGGUGUGAUUGGCGAGUUCCAGACGGCUAUGCGUGAUCCGGCAUUUUACCGUCUGCACGCGCAAGUUGACAACAUGAUCCAUCGUUACAAGCGCACUCUGCAACCGUACAACAACAACCAGCUAGAAUAUAGUGGAGUUCAGAUCCAGUCGUUCGGUGUACAGCUGAACCAAGCCGGCAUACCGUCCAACGUUCUGCUGACGUACUGGCAACGAUCGCAAAUCGAUCUAGGAACGGGGCUCGACUUUGGACCGCAGGGAAAUGUGAUCGCGUCAUUCACGCAUCUCCAGCAUGCACCGUUCACUUAUCGAUUGACGGUGAACAAUACGAGUGGAACUCCAAAACGUGGAACAUGCCGCAUUUUCAUCGCACCCAAGACGGACGAACGCAAUGUGCCACUAACUAUGGACGAACAACGUCUGCUGAUGGUGGAGCUCGAUAAAUUUGUAGUAAAUCUGACUCCCGGAGUCAACAAUCUGGUUCGCCGAUCGGAGCAGUCAAGUGUCACCAUUCCGUACGAGAGAACCUUCCGUUCAAUGUCACUGUCUAACGUUAACACACCGCAAACGGAGCAGUUCCGUUUCUGCAACUGCGGAUGGCCACACCAUCUGUUGAUUCCGAAAGGAACCCUUGAAGGAAUGCAGUUUGACAUGUUCGCUAUGAUCUCGAACUACGCUGACGAUUCGGUGAACCAGGAAAACGUCAACUGCAACGACUCUCACUCGUUCUGUGGCAUACGCGACCAGUUGUACCCAGAUCGGCGUCAUAUGGGAUACCCGUUCGAUCGUCGGAUCUUGCAAUCGAGCACGCUGACUGAUUUCACCAAUAAGUACUCUAACAUGACUGCGACCCAGGUGAACAUUAGAUUCAUAAAUUCGGUGGUUGCAAGAACUUGAUGAAUUCGUGACGAGAUGACGACGCCCGAGAUGAAGAUGCACCUGAUGGCCAUCGCUGGAAUGUUGCUAAAUGGAUUUGAUUUUGGAUUAUUCAGCUGGGUUCAGCAUCAGCAAAGCAGUUAUGAUUGUAAUUUGCCGUUGCGGUGCUAGCCGGCAUAUAUUUUCACCUAUAUAAUCUCCCAAACAUGCAUACAAAGAAUCGAUAUGAAU